UUCACCCAUAUGUAAGUUCGCAAUAUUUCAGCUUGUUACAAAAUCCUGACAUAAUCAUGGUACUCUCAGCUUUCGUCGCGGAUCCGGGAGCGGGACCCAGCAGCGCUCCAGACCAAGGUUGGCCCGUGCACUCAAACUUGGGGGAUAUGGGGGACCUUUCCAACCAGAGCCCCAACAGAGGUGAAAACCCAGCAGCGUGUGCCACGGCCUCACGGCCUGCCUCAGCAAGACCAGGAUCGGCGCGACCUGGGUCAGCCCGGCCUGCAGCGGUAAGAGCUGCAGCUGCGAGGGCUGCAAGUGCCUCAACUGCGGAGAGACCUGCCACCACUCCCGCAACGAUUCGACAGAGCAGCAACGACGAGGUUGGCCACGACAUCUUGAAGUCACAAAGGGCAAUAUUGGAGAAGCUUGACUUGCUGGUCAGUGCACAGCAGGGCCUGCUGGCAACGCAGCAGCAGCUCCUAGUGACGCAGCAGCAAUUGGUGCCGCUGAAGGCGCACAAAUAUGGUGUACACUUUGACGACAAGUCUUCCUGA